AUGAGGCCAUGUGCAAUAAGAAGCAUGAUGGCGAUGAGGGAGCCCAUCAGCAUGUGCAAUCACAUGCCCCAUUUUUGGUACAUAAAUGCGUCACCUCCCAUUAAGGCCAACCAAACCUCUAGACAAACCAAAAAGAUUGUUGGAGAACUUAAUGGUGGAAGUCAAAGGGAAGAGCGGCUUGAUUACUUGGAACGAAGACAGGACUCGCGUAGGGGGAAAAUAUGUUAUCAAAUCUUUCCCAUGCCGGAUUUGGAUUGGGUCAAAGUCAAGAUAAAUUUGAAAAAAGAACAGGCUACUGUGCCAUCCAAAUUCCAACCACAAAAGACAUAA